CAACUGUUGGCGGUGUGUGUGUGUGUGUGUGUGUGUGUGUGUGUACACGUGUUUAAACGUGCCUGGUAACCGCGCAGGAUCUCAGCACUGCUGUGUGUGUGAGAGGAUCUUGGAGAUGCUGCGCCGGUUUUAUGGGACGUGUUGCCGGUUCUAAUCUCGGUGGAUUGAUGGAACUGUAGAUUUAGGGAGCGGUGCAUCGGGAGGACGUGGACUGAGGGAACGCCGGAUCAGGGGAACAGUGGGGUAAGAGAACGGGGAUUUAGGGAGUAGAGGACUGAGGGAACGGUGCAGUAAGAGGACGAGGACUGAUGGAACUGUAAAUGAGGACACUGGAUUAGUGGAACACUGGAAUAACUGAACUGUGAACCCUGGGAAAAUUGAGUUACAUUAGUGAGCUGGUGGACUGGGACUGCAGUGGAUAAGUGGAACAGUGGAUGUAAGGAGUAGCAGACUGAGGAACGGUGCAGUGAGAGGACGGGGGAUUGAUGGAACUGUAUAUUUAGGGAGCGGUGCAUCAAGAGAACGUGGACUGAGGGAACACUGGAUCAGGGGAACAGUGGGGUAAGAGAACUCUGGAUUGAGGGAACGAUAAAUUAACAAUAAAUAAACGGUGGGAUUUAAGGAGCGACUGAUCUGGAGGACGGAGGAGGAUUGUUGGAGAAGUUCAGAGGACGGUGGAGAGAAGGAACGUUUAAUUGGGAGAACAGUGGACCAACUUAAAUUAGGGAGCUGGUGGAUUGGGACUGCAGUGGCGUGAGGAAUCUAGAGAACUGAUCUGAUCUGGAGAAGGGACGAGGAUUGUUGGAACAGUUUUGAAGGACUGAGGAACAGCUGAGUGAUGGGACGCUGACGUGACUGGGAGAGGAGAGGACUGGGAGAACUGGAUGUGUGCUGGUGAUGGAGGGUGGAGAAGGUGGAGGAGAUCACUCCGCCCUGAUGCACCAGGGUGGCGAUGAGCACCAGGCUAACCCGCUGUACCCGCUGGACUCUGACAUGGACAGCAACGCAGCGUCCGAGACCUCCGACGGUCGCCGUGAUGACAAGGAGGAAGUCGGAGGAGGACUGUUCCUACCUGCAGACAGCUCAGCCCCGCUGGUCUCGUCAGCCUCCGCGUCCGUCAUCUCGGCGGAGGAGCAGUUCGAGGAUUAUGGAGAGGGAGAGGACGUGGAUUUUAUUCCCAGCAGCCCCUGCCCCGAUGAUGACAAUCGGACUAACGGCUUCUCCGACCUCGGCUCCUCACUGCCGUCCAGUGCUGGACACACCCCUCAGAAGAUCCCACACCUGUAUAACAGCGAGCUGAUGGACGUUUAUUGUUCUCAGUGCUGUAAGAAGGUGAAUCUGCUCAACGACCUGGAGGCUCGACUCAAAAACCUCAAAGCUAACAGCCCAAACAGGAAGAUCUCCAGCACGGCCUUCGGGAGGCAGCUCUUCCAUCACAGUAACUUCAGCAGCAGUCACGGCAGCACUGAGGAUCUAUUUCGGGACAGCAUCGACUCCUGUGACAUCGACAUCACUGAAAAGGUGAGUUACCUGGAGAAGAAAGUUUCAGAGCUGGAGAACGACAGCCUGGCAAACGGAGACCUGAAAUCUAAACUGAAGCAGGAGAACACACAGCUGGUUCACAGGGUACAUGAGCUGGAGGAGCAUGUGAAGGAUCAGGAGUUGAGGGCUGAACAGAGUUUGGAGGAGGAGCUGAAGAGACACCGAGAGAUUUACAGCAAACUGGAGAAAGACAAGAGCAACCAGAUAGAAGUGCUGACUAACAGGCUGCAGCUCCUGGAGGAGAAGAACUCUGAGAUGAAGGUGAACGUUUGCAGACUGAAGUCUCAGACUGAGAAACUGGAUCAGGAGAAGCAGCGCAUGACGGAUAAGCUGGAGGACACGAGUGUACGGCUGAAGGACGAGGUGGAUCUGUACAGGAAGAUGAUGGACAAACUCUGGCAGAACCGACACGAGUUCCAGAAGGAACGAGAGUCCAUGCAGGAGCUGGUGGAGGACCUGCGGCGGGAGCUGGAUCAUCUGCAGCUCUAUAAGCUGGAGACGGAGAACCCGGGGCAGAGCAGAAACUGGUCCAGGUCACGAGAGAUCGAGCUGGAGCAUGAGGUCAAGCGCCUGAGACAGGAGAACCUGAAGCUGAGGGAUCAGAAUGAAGAUCUAAACGCUCAGAUUCUCAGUCUGAGUUUGUACGAAGCUAAAAAUCUUUUCUCCUGCCAAACCAAAGCUCAGAGUCUCGCCACCGAGAUCGACAACGCCUCCCGCGACCAGUUGGUGGACGCUCUGAGGGAGCAGGAGGAGAUUAAUUUCCGGCUCAGGCAGUACAUGGAUAAGAUCAUACUGGCCAUACUGGAUCACAACCCCUCCAUACUGGAGAUCAAACAGUAGAGCGCCCCUGCUGGUGAGGAGAGGAACAGCAGCAGCACCGCGUCGGGACCUUCACACCAAAGCUCUGCAGCGCUCACACACACACACACACACACACACACACACACACACACACACAGUGGAAUGUAUAAAUAUUCUCACACUUCCUUUUAUAACUGAGAUCACAUGAUCACAUAACGCUUUAGCUAACAUUAGCUAGCUUGCUAUCACCUUGGCUAGCUGAAAUAUUACAGCUAACGUUAGCGCUAAAGUCACAUGACCUCGAUAAUCCCACACAUCAUGUAAAAUACACAGCCAAAAGUAUGUGGACACAUUUCUAUGAGGUUGUUGGACACCAUGUUGGCAGAACCGUGGACAUUAGAAGGCUUUGAACAGGAAUUCGGAGUGGGUCUGUGGGAAUUUGUGCUUGUUCAGUUGAAAGAGCUUUUGGGAGGAGGUCAGAGACUGUGAUGUGUGUAUUAUUAUACUGAGUUAUAAAUAAAUGAGUUAUUAUUGAGGGGUUUCAGACACGCCCAUCACUAACAGGUGUAGAAAAUCACUGACUUCAAUAGUACAGCAACAGUUUAGGGAAGGACCUGUCCUGUUCCAGCCUGAGUGAGGUCUGUAAUGACACGGUUUCAGCAGCCUGGUGUGAAGUGAACACAGAUAAACACCUUUGGGAUGAACUGGAAUGUCGACUGUAAGUCAGACCUUCUCAUCCAACCUCAGGAUCUGAUCUCACAGAUGCUCUUACAUCUGAAUGUGCACAAGUUCCCACAGACACACUGCAGAAAAUGUAGAACCUGUCGAGGAUUUAAAUCCCACUGUCGGGCCCCUGAGCGAGGCCCUCAACUCUUACAGCUGCAGGAGCACUGAGCGACGGCUGAUCCUGCACUCCGACCCCAAACCUCCGAACCAGCUGAGGAACAUGAAUGGUUUUACUGGACUGUAAUAAACCAACGGCGCCCCCUUCCUGCAGACUGGGGACCGACACCAUCAUGAGUUACGAUCGCAGUGUUACCACGUUUCAUCACAAUAUUAAACCGUAACACACCACAGCACAAAGCGCAUGCUAAUCGCUUCAUAAUUAGCCCUGAGCGUUUUAUUGGUAUUAGCCUGAAUGUUUUGUAUAGACGCCGUAUUUCACUUGUACGUUUGUGCGCCAGUUUUCACGCGCUGUAAAUGUUGUACAGUUCCGAUAUAAAUCGUAUUUACGUGUUAGACGCGUUCUAGCUGAAGAGGAAGCGGACGUGCGCUUUUAUACGCUUUUCAGAUACGUUAUUAGGAGCGUCGUCACCGCGUUAGCGUCAGAAUUACUGCAAUAUUAUAAACUUCACUCAUCAGUCUGUAAAUCUCCUGAUCAAUAACGUCACGUUUUAAUGUGUGUGCACUGCUGAUAGAAAAGUGCAGAGUUUGUACCCAGAAUGCAUCAGCACGCAGGAUAGUGUAGGAUAAUCAUGUAAUGAAACUUAUGUUAACGCCAACAUGCUGUCGAUAGCACUGUGGAAUAAAUAAUACUACUUUGCAGCCGUGACAGUGACCCCUGCUGGCGGGUUGAGACGUAACGUGUCAGAAAGGGCGUGUCCCCGCCUGUGCCUGUUUCAUGUGGCAGGUAGAGGUCACCAGAGUGCACUGGGGAAUGGAGUAUAUCUAAAUUAGGGCAAAUAGGAAGGAAAAUGUUCAUGUUAGCACAGCUCGACGUUUUUGUAUGAUCAACUGCUCGGCACACAGUCACCUGAUCUGAUUCUUUAUUAUUAUUAUUAUUAUUAUUAUUAUUAUUAUUAUUAUUUAAAGAUGUGAAGGAUCUUGUGUAAAUAAAAAUCUAAUUAAAUGAA